GCAAGAAGAGAAGGGUCAAACCCAGGCACUUUACCAGACAGCAGCAGUGUUCUAGUCAAAUGUUAGUGUGCAUCUAGAGGAACUUGAGCUCAUUUCCUGCUCUGUAGCUGCUGUUUGUCUUGUGAACGAGUAGGCAUUGCUAACGUUGAUGGAAUUGAUAGAUUGAUUGAUAGAAGGUUUAUGGAACGUUUCUGGUGGUGCGAGGAACAUUGAUGGGGUUGCUGUGCUAUAUGGUAGUUUGGGGCUAGGUGCACUUGUGAUAUUUAGUCUGAAAUAGAGAUGGAGAGAGAAGAAGAACCCCAAGUUAAAGAGAAGGAGCACUCCAAAACCCCAGAUGUGAAGGUCCCCAACAAAUCAGAGACUAAGCGCUACAGCGAGAUCUUCCGGGACUUCGAUAAUUUUGAACUCUCUUUGGUCAACUCCACUGUAGAGGAGAUGUUUCCAGACCCUGACUCCCAGUCGAUUGCUGAGACCGUCUCUACGGAAACCACAGACAACACUGAGCUGGAUCAUCUGACGUGUGACGAUGUCUACCCCCCAGAUGGUGAUGACAAAGAUGGAGGUCUAUCAGUCCAGGAAGCAGACCUGGCCCUGUGUCGCUGUGAGGGAGGCGUAGAGCUGGCCCUGCAGUAUGCCAAGAUGUGGUGCCGCUACGCCAAGGACCUGCUGGCCUGGAUGGAAAAGAGAAUCAGCCUGGAGCAAGAGUUUGCCAAGAACAUCGUAAAGGCAGCAGAAACGGCUAAGUCCUGUGUGGCUCCGCAGGACAUGAUGCCUCUGCAGUACAUCUACACCAUGGCCCUGGAGCACGAUGUGAAGACCAGCCAAUCUACUAAACAGACAUCAGAACUGCUGCAGCAACGCUGCUACCAGGCCCUGGCAUCCAAGAGGAAUGAGAUUGAUAAGUGGCGCAGGGAGUUCAAGGAGCAGUGGUCCAGAGAACAGAGGAGGAUGAAUGAGACUGUGGCGGCUCUGAAAAAGGCUCGUCAGCAGUACCUGCAGCGCAGUGAGGACCUGGAGAAGACCAAGGCUGUGAUGGCCAAGGCCGGGGACGAGCUCACAGCGGGACACAAGACCCUGGACAAGAGGAGGAAGUCACGUGACGACGCACAGUCAAAGGUGAUGGAGGCAGAGAUGCAGUACAGACAGUGUGUGUGUGAGGCCCGGGACCACCAGGACAAGCUGGAGAGCUUGAAGGAGAAAAUCAUAGUUCACACCCGCAAACUCAUCUGCCAGGGGGACACUGUGCUCAAGGAGGCCACAGUGAACAUGUUCUACUUCCAGCGUCAGCAGACAGAGCCGGUUCCCAUGGGCUACCACAACCUGGAGUUGACCUGCAGGCCGUGUGAACCCGGGGAGCCCUACCUGCUCUACAUCUUUAGGAAGAGAAGCCAAGAACAGCCCCUACAAACCUUCACCUUCCAGGAGUUUGUCCCUCAGAACAAAAGUGGCCGUCGUAAGACCAGCAACCCGAGCUCUCUACAGGACUCCUCCCUGCCUGAAGAAAGUCUGGUUAAACGUAAGGGCUACAGUGACAGUGAGAGCAUCGGAGGCAGUCUGGAGUCUCUGUCCAGCCCAGCCCAUGGCAACAGGAGGCUUCCUAAAGCCCCCUCCACAGGGACAAUGUCAUCAGACGACCUGGAUGAGAGGGACAUAGGCACCGUCCUGGAAGGAGAUUGUGUGGACUCCACUCCAGAAGGGAACGGUACGGCGGGGAAGGUACGGAUUACGUCCCGAGCCGCACUGACACACCAACUCAGGAAGAUGAAGAGCAAGAUGGUGAAGUGCAAACAGUGUGACAAUUACAUCGUGGUCAACGGCAUCGAGUGUGAGGAGUGUGGCGUGGCGGUUCACAGGAAGUGUCUGGAGGUGUUACAGCAUGAGUGUGAGAACAGGAAGGGUGUUCUGUUUGGGGUGGAUUUCUCCCUGUUGCCCCGGGACUGGCCUGACGAGGUGCCCUUCGUGGUCCAGCGCUGCACGGCCGAGAUAGAGAGCAGGGCCCUCACUCUACAGGGGGUGUAUCGUAUCAGUGGGUCGAAGCCUCGCAUCCAGAAGCUGUGUCAGGUCUUCGAGACCCAGAAGGACCAGGUCGACCUCUCUGACCUUUCACCUCAUGACGUCACCUCAGUCCUCAAACACUUCUUCAAGGAGCUUCCAGAGCCGCUGUUGACCUUUGACCUGUACAAUGACUUCAUCUGGGUGGGCAAGGAGAUCCAGCGUCUCAGUGAGAGGGAGGCGACAGCAGAGACUCCUGGGAUAGUGGAGGACCUCACAUAUAGCCUGAGAGACCUGCUGGGGAGACUGCCCCCAUACCACUACUACACACUGCAGCAUAUGAUGCGUCACCUUCACAGAGUAUCAGAGAACUACGAGGAGAACAAGAUGUCUCCCAGUAACCUGGGCAUCGUGUUUGGUCCGACCUUGCUGCGCCCGCUGGUGUCCGUAGACAUGUCCAUGGUGGCCCUACUGGAGACCACCUACCAGUCCCUACUGGUGGAGUUCCUCAUCACACACCACCAACACAUCUUCGACGCUCCACCUCCCGCCCCCACCACCCCCCUCCCUGACACCCCUCCCCGGGCGACGUGUUCAGGCAGGGCCCAGAAGACUGUUGCAGGGGCUGACCCUGGCUCUCAGGACCCCCCCGCUGGAGGAGCCUUGUCCAGAGAACGCCCCCGCUCUCUAGAGACUCGCACAAUCAAGAGAGACUUGAGUGAGGGUUAUAUAUCUGACAAAUCGUCGUCCAAUGAGGCAGUGGACCAGCUCAGCCCUGAAGCCAAUGAGAGAGCAGUCACGGCUGUGAGGGGGGCAUCAGCAGAGGCUGCUGCUCUGGGUGAUCUGGUAUGGGGUCCAGAACCAGGGGACUCGCCCUCUGUGGGGACCCAGCCACAGAGCCACUUCAGUAGGCAGCCUGUCAAAUACCAGCGCCAGCCCACCCCGGGCCUCCGCCGCUCCGCGGGCUCUACCAGGGCUGGGCUGCUCGGGGAAGAGGAGGAUGAAGAGGAGGAGAGGAGGAGAAACCAGUCGAGGAGUGAAGACAGCAGUUGUAGCCCCUCCCCUGACCCUGGUAGCCAGAGAAGGAGAAGCCUUCGGUUGGAGCUCCACCCCGAGACCACCGCCUACCACCUGCUCAGCCAGGCUGGAGGCCACGCACCAGAGAACCAGACAGAAAGAGAGAAGACACGCCCAUAUGAGGUUCCGCAGGGCAGACUGCGGGCGGGGACAGUGGUAAUAGAACCCUCAAUAGCUGCAACAGCAGUAGCGACACCGAGCACCGGUGCUCAGGAGGCGUGGCUUAGGAGUCGGUUAGCCACAUUGUCCCAGCUGAACGUGAACCAGUCCAAUAACAGUCAGGGGUGGUUGGGUGAGAGGCGGAGACAAGGCGGAGAGGAGGGUCUGAGUGGCCCGGCCCAGAGGAUCCUGUCAGGACUGAAGCUCAGACGCAGCCCCUCAGGACUGCAGCAGCACUUUGUCUGAUGAAGGAUGAAACUUUAAACCAUAGAAUUGGAACCACAUUCGAGAAUGGACAUUCCUCAUUCAAAUCAACGUUUCGUGACUGGCAGGAUUCUAUUUCUAUGGUUAAGAAUUGUACUGUGUAACUUCAAAUGUUUUUUUACAAAUACAGUGAAUAUUUACAUCCGCUCAUGAUUACUCCAGAAUACUCAUAAAUACAGAACAUACAUGAUUACUCCAGAAUACUCAUAAAUACAGAACAGUGCCAGUCAAAAGUUUGGACACACCUACUCAUGCAAGGGUUUUUCUUUAUUUUUUACUAUUUUCUGCAUUGUAGAAUAAUAGUGAAGACAUCAAAACUAUGAAAUAACACAUAUGGAAUCAUGUAGUAACCUAAAAAAGUGUUUUAUAUUUUUCAAAGUAGCCACCCUUUGCCUUGACAGCUUUGCACACGCUUGGCAUUCUCUCAACCAGCUUCAUGAGGUAGUGACCUGGAAUGCAUUUCAAUUAACAGGUGUGCCUUGUUAAAAGUUAAUUUGUGGAAUUUCUUUCCUUCUUAUUGUGUUUGAGCCAAUCGUGUUGUGACAAGGUAGUGGUGGUAUACAGAAGAUAGGCCUAUUUGGUAAAAGACAAAGUCCAUAUUAUUGCAAAAACACCUCAAAUAAGCAAAAAUAAACAACAGUCCAUCAUUACUUUAUUAAGACAGGAAGGUCAGUCAACCCGGAAAAUUUCAAUAUUUUUUUAUGUUCCUUCAAGUGCAGUCACAUAGACCAUGUGGACCGAUACAGGAAAGGAAGACCCAGAGUUACCUCUGCUGCAGAGGAUAAGUUCAUUAGAGUUAACUGCACCUCUGUUUGCAGCCCAAAUAAAUGUUUCACAGAGUUCAAGUAACAGACACAUCCCAACAUCAACUGUUCAGAAGAGGCAGCGUGAAUCAGGCCUUCAUUCUGUCCUAAUUGCUGCAAAGAAACCACUACUAAAGGACACCAAUAAUAGGAAGAGACUCGCUUGGACCAAGAAACACGAGUAAUGGACAUUAGACAGGUGGAAAUCUGUCCUUUGGUCUGAUGAGUCCAAAUUUUUUAUUUUUUUGUUCCAACCAUUGUGUCUUUGUAAGAAGCAGAGUAGGUGAACAUAUGUUCUCUGCAUGUGUGGUUCCCACCAUGAAGCAUGGAGGAGGUGUGAUGGUGCAUUGCUGGUGACACUGUCAGUGAUUUAUUUAAAAAUCAAGGCACACUUUUCAUUUACCCCAUUUUCUCCCUAAUUUUGUGGUAUCCAAUUGGUAGUCUUGUUUCAUCGCUGCAACUCCCAUACGGACUCGGGAGAGACGACGAUAGAGAGCGGUGCAUCCUCCAAAACACAACUCAACCAAGCCGCACUGCUUCUUGACACAAUGCCCACUUAACCCGGAAGCUAGCCACACCAAUAUGUCGGAGGAAACACUGUGCACCUGGCGACCAUGUCAGCGUGCCCGCCACAGGAGUCACUACUGCACGAUGGGACAAGGACAUCCCUGCCGGCCAAACCCUCCCCUAAGCCGGACGACGCUGGCCCAAUUGUUUGCCGCCCCAUGGGUCUCCCGGUUUGCGGAAUUCAAGGCACACGUUAAAAAAAACACACAUAAGCAGCAUGGCUACCACAGCAUUCUGCAGCGAUACGCCAUCCCAUCUGGUUUGCGCUUACUGGUACUAUCAUUUUUUGGGGGGGUUUGGUUGAGUUGGACCAUAGAAUGAGGGAAAAGCAGACAACAAGUGCUCAGCAUAUGUGGGAACUCAAUAUCUCAAUAUCAAAUCAUUUCUGGGUAACCUUAAAAUGAUCAAAAAGAAACAAAAAAUUGCUUCUUAGCAAAGGGAAAUUUCUCAAUAAAUAAUUUUGCUAGGAGUGUCUAGGAGUGGUCUGGGUGGGAGGGGAAACCUAAAAAACUACAGUAGCUGUUAUUGACAGAGAGGUUUGGAACUCUUUCUUAAUGGUCUAUUAACUCAUUUACCGCCAGGCAGGCCAAAACUUCGUCCCACCAAAACAGGCAAAAAAAAUUCAAGUAGAAGGGCAUUAUCAUAAUUUUCACAAUUUCACAGUAUUAUUUCAACCUCAUAUUGUGGAAAUAUAUAUGAAACACAGGAAAAUCUAGUGUUUGACUGCGCUGGGCCUUUAAGGAAAUAUAUCAAACAUUUUAUUCACGAAAACUGUUGUGAAACAACUGUUGCAAGAACAUGAGGAAGAGUUGUAAAUGUAGAGGUCUGCACCAGACUGAUUUAUUCAUCCCGCUCCUGCCUGCACCCGCUCCCGCCCUCACCCGCAGCUUUUCACUGCUGGCUUUCUCUCCGACUCCCACCCGCUACUGCAAGAACUGAUCCCGAACCCAACUGCAAUCCCGCAAUGUUCUUUUAGGCUUAUGUGAAGCACUCACGCCACCCUUUCUCCCACGGGAAUGCAACCCUCUAUUGUAAUGUGAAUGUUUUGCUAAUGUUGUCAACCUUCGUUGUUCUCUCUAUUCCUCCAUUACUACCGAUAGGCCUAUGUGAUUGAGGUAGAUAUGUUCCAUGUAUGAUUUGCAGAUAUAAAUGUUACAUCUAUAACUUUAAAAUGCUUCCAGUGCUUCAGUCCUUUAACCACAGACUAUUUUCACACGGCUUCAUUUGGCGGCACUUUUACUGGGCCUUUAAAGGUAGUAACUCUUUAAACAUAAUGGGAUAAUUCAGCGAAGUUAUGAAUUCAGAUAUUUGUUUCCCUACCUCGCACGCAGUCUAUAGACUGCUCUAAGGCGUGACUGCAAUCCACACUUUGGUUUUGGUAGAAAUAUCACUGCCAAGAAAUGGUAACGUUAGCAUUUUCAGACAAUUUUUUAAAAUAUUUACUCAGCAUAGAGUGAGUCUGAAGUCACACAUCACACUAUUACAACAGUGUGACUGUUUUGGAAUAAAAUGUUCAAGAUAUUUAAACAUCGUCUGUAUUGUGUGCUUAUUGUUUAACCGUUGGUAUGUUCUAGGGGACUUUUUGAAACCUUCAGUCCGAGGAGGUACUUCUAGAAUGUCUACCGAUGAAUGACGUCCAUCUUUUUGUGAGAAAUUACACUGGUCACUCAAAGCAUUUAUAAAUUAUAAAUAGCCCACACUUUAGAUCAGGCCUUUGCAAAAAUACUUAACUAAUGAUUAGAAAAUGGUUUAUACAGACCUAAAAAAAAAUUGCCUCUCACUGUCAACUGCGUUUAUUUUCAGCAAACUUAACAUGUGUAAAUAUUUGUAUGAACGUAACAAGAUUCAACAUAAACUGAACAAGUUCCACAGACAUGUGACUAACAGAAAUGAAAUAAUGUGUCCCUGAACAAAGGGGGGGGUCAAAAUCAAAAGCAACAGUCAGUAUAUGGUGUGGCUACCAGCUGCAUUAAGUACUGCAGUGAAUCUCCUCAUGGACUGCACCAGAUUUGACCGUUCUUGCUUUGAGAUGUUACCCCACUCUUCUACCAAGGCACCUGCAAGUUCCCGGACAUUUCUGGGGGGAAUGGCCUUAGCUCUCACCCUCCGAUCAAACAGGUCCCAGGCGUGCUCAAUGGGAUUGAGAUCCGGGCUCUUCGCUGGCCAUGGCAGAACAAUGACAUUCCUGUCUUGCAGGAAAUCACUCACAGAAGGAGCAGUAUGGCUGGUGGCAUUGUCAUGCUGUGGAGGGUCAUGUCAGGAUGAGCCUGCAGGAAGGGUACUUACAUGAGGGAGGACGAUGUCUCGUUGAGAUUGCCUGCAAUGACAACGAGCUCAGUCCGAUAAUGCUGUGACACACCGCCCCAGACCAUGACGGACCCUCCACCUUCAACUCGAUCCCACUCCAGAGUACAGGCUUCGGUGUAACGCUCAUUCCUUCAACGAGUAACGUGAAUGCGACCAUCACCCCUGGUGAGACAAAACCGCGACUUGUCAGAAGAGCACUUAUUGCCAGUCCUGUCUGGUCCAGCGACGGUGGGUUUGUGCCCAUAGGCGACGUUGUUGCCGGUGAUGUCUGGUGAGGCCCUGCCUACAACAGGCCUACAAGCCCUCAGUCCAGCCUCUCUCAGCCUAUUGCGGACAGUCUGAGCACUGAUGGAGAGAUUGUGCGUCCCUGGUGUAACUCGGGCAGUUGUUGUUGUCAUCCUGUACCUGUCCCGCAGGUGUGAUGUUCGGAUGUACCGAAUGUACUGUGCAGGUGUUGUUUACACGUGGUCUGCCACUGCGAGGACGAUCAGCUGUCCGUCUUGUCUCCCUGUAGUGCUGUCUUUUUUCUUUUGGUGCUUUUCAGAGUCCGUAGAAAGGCCUCUUUAGUGUCCUAAGUUUUCAUAACUGUGACCUUAAUUGCCUACCAUCUGUAAACUGUUAGUGUCUUAACAACCGUUCCACAGGUACAUGUUCAUUAAUUGUUUAUGGUUCAUUGAACAAGCAUGGGAAACAGUUGUUUAAACCCUUUACAAUGAAGAUCUGUGAAGUUAUUUGGAUUUUUAUGAAUUAUCUUUGAAAGACAGGGUCCUGAAAAAGGGGCGUUUCUUUUUCUGCUGAGUUUAUAUUAAACAUUUUAUGAAUGAGUAAUGAUGAAUAAGUGAUGAAUAAACUAUUUACUGAUCCAUUAUAAA